UAUAGAAUGUAUUUUAUAGGUCUUUGAUAAUGCUUGAUUAAAAAUUUAGAAUGUAUACUGUACUUACUUAAAAGAUUAACAUUAUAUAAGUGACGGACUCAGCUAGUAUCAGAUAUGAGUGUUUUAAUAGGUGGUGGAACAGGAUUCGUAGGCAGGCAUCUGUCAAAAAUGCUGAGAGAAAAAGGGCACAGAGUUAUUGUUGUUUCUCGCACAGCAGGAAAGGAAAAACUAACAUGGGAUGAUGUGAAGAAAAACGGACUUCCAUCUGGAUGUACUGCUGUGGUGAACCUUGCAGGACGUCUCAUACUUGAGCCAUUCAAACGUCUCGAUGAAAAGUAUUUGAAAGAACUCCAUGACAGCAGAAUAGACACAUCCAAGCUAUUAGUUAGUGCUAUCACUUCUGCAAAUGUGCCACCAAAAGUGUUUGUUACUAUAUCUGGUGUAGGCUACUACCCUCCCAGCCCCACUGCCACAUACACAGAGGAUGGAGUCAAUGGUUCAGACUGGCUGGCAAAACUGGCCAAAGAAUGGGAGGCGGCCGGAGUGCUACCAGAGCAUGUGACCACACGCAGAGUCAUUGUACGAUCAGGAGUUGUGUUGGGUGCAGAUGGUGGGAUGAUAAAGACACUUUUACCGGUUCCUGCAGCUGUCUACCUCCCUAUGCUGCAGCUGGGAUCUGGAAAACAGUGGUUCCCUUGGAUACACGUGAAGGACAUUGCUGGAAUCAUAACUCAUGCUAUCGAAAAAGAACACAUGAAAGGAGUGUUGAAUGGGGUUGCUCCGCAUGCAAUAAAUAACAAGGACUUUACUGAGGCAUUUAACAAAGCGUUUAAGAAAAUGAGUUACGGGCCGAUGUUUGUGCCUGCGUUUACCCUGAAUAUGGUCUAUGGAUCUGAGAUGGCCAAGAUUGUGCUUGAAGGGCAGAAGGUCGUGCCAGAAAGGACAUUAGAGGCGGGCUACGAGUAUUUUUACCCUAGUAUUAAUGACUCUAUGAAAGAAAUCAGUGCAAAAUUUUAAGUGUUUGAGUUUGGUAUUUGUUAGAAGGUGUUUUUGUACACGAACAAUUUAUUUAACGUUGUAUAGGCUUAAAGUCCUGUUAGAUAUUUGUUAAAACUUUGUUAAUACAUUGUAUUGUGAAUAAAUACCAAUAGGAAA